UGGCCGCACCAGUUCCACGCGAAGCUGCUGAUGGACUACAAGGGCAACCUGUCGCUGGCGGACCUGUGGUACGACUGGCCGGGGGGCCGGAACCUGCACGUCAUCCGCUACCAGCUGGCCGCCGACGCGCCCUACUACGACGCGGAGUGGAACAACGGCACCUCCUUCUUCUACACGCCGGCGCGCCGCACCUGCCGCUCCGCCGCCGUCGGCGUCGGCAUCCUGCGCCCCGACUGGCUCGCCCCCGGCGCCGCCUACCUCGGCCGCGCCCCCGCCGACGGCUUCGACUGCCACGUCUGGGCCAAGGCCGACUUCAUCACCUACUACGAGGACGCGCAGACCAGGCGCCCCGUCAAAUGGGUCUUCUACACCGGGCGGACGGCGCACGUGAUGAGCUUCGAGCCAGGGGCGGUGCUGGAGGACGCCAUGGAAUGGCAGGCGCCCGACUACUGCUUCGCCACUGAGAAUGACCUUGCCUCCGAACCUGAUGAUGGGCGCGACGAUGCGGGCUUCGUCCCCAGGAUCAGAAUGCCAUUCGAAGGCUAGUCUACCUCAUCGUGGAACCGUGCGACCGUCGCUGGUGUGUGCCUCCGUCUGCCAUUACCGUUGGUUCACUGUCAACUUCGCAAGUUGCUGGACAGUCUUGAUCAAAGAUUCAAAGGCACGUACGUAGUAAGCUGAAAGUGCCACUGCUCCAAGUAAUAAGACUAAGAAAAGGAAACGACUUUUCCAGCUACAAGUGUCAAUGCUAGCUGCUUGACCUCACCGAGUACUUGCUAACGCAGUUGGCGAGAGAUCGAUGUUGCGUACGUACGAAUAUAGCUUUGAGACUGCAACAUGGAGCCGUAACUAGUACUGCAACAACAGUCCUUUUACUGCCAAUAUAUCUUUUAGCUUGCAGAAGACCGGGGUCCUAGCUAAGUCUAGGGGAUGGACAGCCGAAGAUACACAUGGGAGGCAAAUUUUCGUGUUUUGACCCUUUUCUGAAA